AUGUUUGGAAGUCAGUCAGAUCAGUCAGGUAUAGUGAGGGUGUUUGGAAGUCAGUCAGAUCAGUCAGGUAUAGUGAGGGUAUUUGGAAGUCAGUCAGAUCAGUCAGGUAUAGUGAGGGUGUUUGGAAGUCAGUCAGAUCAGUCAGGUAAAGUGAGGGUGUUUGGAAGUCAGUCAGAUCAGUCAGGUAUAGUGAGGGUGUUUGGAAGUCCGUCGGACCAGUCAGGUAUAGUGAGGGUGUUUGGAAGUCCGUCAGAUCAGUCAGGUAUCGUGAGGGUGUUUGGAAGUCAGUCAGAUCAGUCAGGUAUAGUGAGGGUGUUUGGAAGUCAGUCAGAUCAGUCAGGUAUAGUGAGGGUGUUUGGAAGUCAGUCAGAUCAGUCAGGUAUAGUGAGGGUGUUUGGAAGUCCGUCAGAUCAGUCAGGUAUAGUGAGGGUGUUUGGAAGUCCGUCAGAUCAGUCAGGUAUAGUGAGGGUGUUUGGAAGUCCGUCGGACCAGUCAGUGAGGGUGUUUGGAAGUCAGUCAGAUCAGUCAGGUAUAGUGAGGGUGUUUGGAAGUCCGUCGGACCAGUCAGGUAUAGUGAGGGUGUUUGGAAGUCCGUCAGAUCAGUCAGGUAUAGUGAGGGUGUUUGGAAGUCCGUCAGAUCAGUCAGGUAUAGUGAGGGUGUUUGGAAGUCAGUCAGAUCAGUCAGGUAUAGUGAGGGUGUUUGGAAGUCAGUCAGAUCAGUCAGGUAAAGUGAGGGUGUUUGGAAGUCAGUCAGAUCAGUCAGGUAUAGUGAGGGUGUUUGGAAGUCCGUCGGACCAGUCAGGUAUAGUGAGGAUGCUUGGAAGUCCGUCAGAUCAGUCAGGUAUAGUGAGGGUGUUUGGAAGUCCGUCAGAUCAGUCAGGUAUAGUGAGGGUGUUUGGAAGUCAGUCAGAUCAGUCAGGUAUAGUGAGGAUGUUUGGAAGUCAGUCAGAUCAGUCAGGUAUAGUGAGGGUGUUUGGAAGUCAGUCAGAUCAGUCAGGUAUAGUGAGGAUGUUUGGAAGUCAGUCAGAUCAGUCAGGUAUAGUGAGGAUGUUUGGAAGUCAGUCAGAUCAGUCAGGUAUAGUGAGGAUGUUUGGAAGUCAGUCAGAUAAGUCAGGUAUAGUGAGGGUGUUUGGAAGUCAGUCAGAUCAGUCAGGUAUAGUGAGGGUGUUUGGAAUUCAGUCAGAUCAGUCAGGUAUAGUGAGGAUGUUUGGAAGUCAGUCAGAUCAGUCAGGUAUAGUGAGGGUGUUUGGAAGUCCGUCAGAUCAGUCAGGUACAGUGAGGGUGUUUGGAAGUCAGUCAGAUCAGUCAGGUAUAGUGAGGAUGUUUGGAAGUCAGUCAGAUCAGUCAGGUAUAGUGAGGAUGUUUGGAAGUCAGUCAGAUCAGUCAGGUAUAGUGAGGAUGUUUGGAAGUCAGUCAGAUCAGUCAGGUAUAGUGAGGAUGUUUUGA